ACCAUCAAACAGCCCUAUGAUGAGUACGCGAACUCGGAUGAGGACACACACGAUGCGUACCUGGAGCAGAUGAAAGCCGAGGGUCGCAUCCGGGAGGAGGGGAACAACAGCAGCGACUCAGGGGAGGAGACAGACGAGUCGUUUACUCCUGGGGACGGGGAGGAAGAUGACGAGGUUGAUGAAGAGUAUGACAGUGCUGCUGUGGGCAGCUCCUCCAGCAGUAAUGACGGUGACAGCGACACUCAGAAGAAGAAGAAAAUUCCAGCAAAGAAACCCAAGAUCGUCCGAGAGAAAACAGUGCGGAAAAAACCUGAGGGCAGGAAAGGGAAGGGUAAGAACAAGGACCCCAAUGCCCCGAAGCGGCCGAUGUCGGCGUAUAUGCUGUGGCUGAACGCGAGUCGCGAGAAGAUCAAAGCCCAACAUUCGGGGAUCAGCGUCAUCGAACUGUCAAAGCGGGCGGGAGAGAUGUGGAAGGCCAUGAGCAAGGAGCAGAAAGAGGAAUGGGAUGAAAAGGCUGUAUUGGCCAAGAAGGAGUUUGAUAAGAAGAUGGAGGAAUACAGGAAGAGCGGAGAGGCCGAGACCUUCAGCAAGAAACAGACGCCCCCUAAGAAGACAAAGACCCGAGGGGGCGGAGGGGGGGAGAAGGAGAAGAGAUCGACUCCGCGCUCUGUGACUAAAAGCCCCGUCAAGGGAGUGAACGAGAGUUUCAAAAGCAAAGAGUUUGUGUCGAGUGACGACAGCUCAUCUGACAGUGACGGGAGUAAAGCGGCGUCUGAAGACAAAGCAAACAGCUCCGUCCCGAGCUCCGAGGGCUCGGGGUCAGACUGAACACAACAGCGCGCGCGUGCGAGUGUGUG